CGAUGAGUCCGACAGUGUCCCCACCCCAAUUUUUUUUCCCUCGUUAGUGUGUGCUAGUGCGCAGUCAGGACGGACGUGUGUCAAAUCGCUGCAUAUUCCCGCCAAUUACAAUGCUGAAAUCAAAACUAAACGAGGAGGAGAAAAAAGAGAGAAAGAGGUUGAUGGAAAGAAUAAGAAAAGCUAAAAUCAAAAGUGAUCCUGUGUUAAGAGAGCAGCAUUUAAGAAAAGACAGAGAACGCUUAGCUAAAAGAAAGGCAGCUGGACUUAUCCUAACCCGAAGCCAAAUGACUGCACAUGCACGUCGCAAUGCACAAAAGAAAAACCGAAUCAGUGCCCGUGCAUAUUAUCAGCGGAAAAAAAAUAAGGCAAAUGGUGACCGCAACAACCCAACAAGUGUUUCAGAGACCAAUGACGCAGAAUCGCUACCGAAAAAUCAAGAUAAUGAGCCCGGUAUUUCUCAAGAACUAAUAGGACCUCAUAGCCCACGGCUAUUGCGACAGAAUGUUCGAUGUAAUAGUCCUAAUUUGCGUAUUGAUGCCAUAGUAGCGAGUAGUUCCCACUAUUUACGUACAAGCAGUCCCCUAGAUUUAUCAAUAGCAUCUCCUUUACGAACGCCAAGUAUUAGUUCUAUAAAUUCAGAAGAAUCAACAUUACGCCCAAAUAGUCCUAACUUAGACACAUCCUUUAAUACUGUUAAAUUCAAACAAGACAUUAAAAAGAAAUUUCGUAAAUAUCAAAACGUUAAAACUCAGCAAAUACACGAUUUAAGAAAACAAUUGGCAAAGGCUAAUAAAGAGAAACUAAUGUACAAAAAGAGAUACGUGAGACUACAUCAAGAAUUUAAGAAAUUAAAACAGAGUAAUUUAGAAGUGAGACGAAUCCCAACGAAGCCAAAAAAUAUAGACCUGCAAAAACGUAUCCGUAAGAUUGUUGUUCAGUUUUUUGAGGAUGAUGAAAAUUCAAAUCUUUGCCCAGGUAAAAAGGAUACUGUCACACAAAAUGGAGUAAAAAAACAGAAAAGGCUGAUGAAAGACACAAUUAAAAAUUUACACAAAAAGUAUUUGACUUCGGGCUACCCUCCAAUCAGUUACGUCACUUUUACAAGAAUGAGGCCGUUUUGGGUCACGCAGCCAAAAUUAAACUUGAGAAAUACAUGCCUAUGUGAGAAACAUGAGAACAUGGAUCUUGUUAUAUCAUCUUUAAAAAGAAAUCGUAUCAUAAAAGAAAACACCACGACUGAAAUUCUAAGUAGUAUUUGCUGUGAUAUUUUUAAGGUAGAAUGCCUGCAAAGAACAUGUCCUGUCUGUAAGAAUCGUCAUUUAAAUUAUCAAGAAUUUGAUAACUCCAAAGAUGUUAUUUAUUGGAAUUGGAAGAAGAUAAAAAAGAAUUACAAAAAAAAUGGAGUCGAUAAAAUAGCCGUUAAUGUAGAAAAAGUAAAAAUAACCGUUAAACCAUUACAACUAAUCAAAAUAUUUGAAAACAAUCUGAAACCGUUCUUAACACAUUGUAGUAAUAUACGAAAUCAAAGUCAAGCUUUUAAGCACUACAAACAAAACAUGACUGAAAAGGAUUGUGUCGUUCACAUUGACUUUAGUGAGAACUAUAGCUCCAAGUACGGGUCCGAAAUACAAUCUAUGCACUUUGGUGGCAGUCGUCAACAAUUCACAUUACACACUGCUGUAAUUUACUAUAAAAAUAAGGAAGAGAAUAUAACAACUCAAUGUUUCUGCACUAUUAGUUCUUCACUGCGCCAUGAUGCUGCCGCCGUUUGGGCUCACCUUGUUCCAAUAUUAGAAGAAAUUAAACAGGAAGCUCCAAUUGUUCAGAAUCUUAUUAUUAUUUCUGAUUCUCCAUCAGGCCAGUAUCGGAAUAAGAAAAUUUUUUAUAUUAUGUCCCAACUCAGUAUUUACUGCUCUUCUCUGACUAACAUAAUAUGGAACUAUAGUGAAUGUGGUCAUGGAAAAGGUGCGCCAGAUGGAGUAGGUGGGCUACUGAAGCGAACGGCGGAUCGAUUUGUUGCACACGAUGGUGAUAUGAAUAAUAUAGACUCUUUUGUAAACUAUUUAAAAUCUGCUGUCCAAGGCGUGAAAAUUAGUACUGUAGAAGAAUAUGAAGUUGAAGAAAAGGACUGGCUUCUCCCUACAAAUUUGAACACAUUUCGUGGAACAUUGCAAGUCAAACAAGUCAUUUGGACUAAAGAAGCUAAAAAUCGUAUGGUUUUACGUCGACUUUCUUGUAUAGAAGAUGAAUGUAUGAAAUAUGUUGUUAAAUGUUCACAUGGCAAACAUCUAGACUUCCACAAUUUGUCAACCGAACACGAAAUUAAGUCUAAACCUCAACUUUCUACUUCGAGUAAUAAAAAAUCCAGAACUAAAUCCAAAAUAGAUAUCACUAAAAUGCGACCAGUAAAGUUAACUGACAAAUUAAUUUUGUUCCCACAGCCAUCACAUUUAAAGUAUUUUACACCAUCAAAUACAUUAAAAAUCUCGGAAAAUGCGGCACCCAGAUCAUCCUCUUCGACAAAAAUGUCUGAAAAUUUGCUAUUGAACUAUGUAGAUCUUGAUCAAAGUACUCCUGCCUGUUCAUUUUUAGAGAAAAUUGACACGAACAUUUUAGUUGGUUUAGAGGAAUCAACUCAAUUCGUAAAUAAAGAGGAUACGGUAAAAGCAUCUAAUAGAUUUUCAAGUCCUACCGUGGAAGACAGUGACACCGAUGAGGAAAUAUUUAGAAUAAAAUCUAAAAUUAACUUUAAAAAAGAAAAAAAUGAGCCACGUAAACCAACUCCUGACAUCAAACAGAGAUUUAAUUAUAUAUUUGGUUGCAGUGACACUGAUGAUGACUUAUUUUGAUCUGGGCUGAUUUGUUUUUAAAAUUUUUAUUUUUAUUGUUUUUAGUUUUAAUUGAAAAAAAAAGGUUUAAUUGUUGUAACAGAUAAUAAUUAUAAAAGUACGUAAUUAAGUGCUGUGAUUAACUAUAGGUAUACUACAUAGUCUUCUAUGACUUAAAAAUCUAAUUAUGGUGCAAUUUAAUAAAAGUGGAGUAUGAAGACGGUUCAAGUUCUGUAGUGAUUUAUGUUGAACAUUUAAAGGCUGAUUAACAUAAUAACCAAAUUAUACUGACAGAUUUAAUUUAAGUUUUUUUUUUAAGGGUAAAGAUUAUUUGCUAGAUGUAAGAUAUAAGCGAUCUCUAUGUUAUCUAUGAUACUUACGCACUGAGAACAAAGAUUUAAAAAAUAUUAAAUUAAGUGAUAAUUAAAGCUGUGAUUAUUGUAGUGUUGUUAUGAUUAAGGUUAAACUUAAAAGGCUGAUUAAUUAGGUAUAUAAAGUUUUCUUAUAUAAAGUUUCUAUUCUUAGUAUUGUUGAACCUAGAACGCCACAAUGUUUUAAGUGUACACAU